UGAACGACGCAUAAACAUGACGAUGCGGCUGUCAGAAAUCUGAAUAAGCGCAUGCCUGUGCAAGCUAUGCUUUUAUCGUGAAUCGUGAGAUCGAGAGCGAGGUGUGGUUUUUGCGGUUACAUUUGUAGCCCACUGAGGAGUAUUUUGUCAGUGCGAGCAGUUUAAAAUACUUCAAUCAAGAUGAACGGACGUCUUCCUGCAUGUGUUAUCGAUGUGGGCACAGGAUACACUAAACUAGGCUUCGCUGGAAAUAAAGAACCCCAAUUAACUAUACCAUCUGCAAUAGCCAUUAAAGAAACAGCCAAAGUCGGUGAUAAUAAUGCUAGAAGAAUUACAAAAGGCGUUGAAGACUUAGAUACAUACAUUGGAGAUGAAGCAUUUGAAGCAACUGGUUAUUCCAUUAAGUAUCCGGUAAGACAUGGACUGGUUGAAGAUUGGGAUUUAAUGGAAAAAUUUCUUCAACAAUGCAUAUUCAAAUAUUUGAGGGCAGAGCCUGAAGAUCAUUAUUUUUUACUUACCGAACCACCUCUUAAUACACCUGAAAAUAGAGAAUAUACAGCAGAAAUUAUGUUUGAAUCAUUUAAUGUACCAGGUUUAUAUAUCGCUGUGCAAGCAGUAUUGGCUUUGGCAGCUUCUUGGACAUCUAAAAAUGUUGAAGAUAGAACAUUGACAGGCGUCGUCGUUGACAGUGGAGAUGGAGUUACCCAUGUGAUACCAGUGGCAGAAGGUUUUGUUAUAGGUAGUUGUAUAAAGCAUAUACCUAUUGCUGGUCGCGAUAUAACAUAUUUUAUACAAAGUCUUUUACGAGAACGUGAAAUUGGAAUACCUCCUGAACAAUCAUUAGAAACAGCUAAAGCUAUUAAAGAAAAAUAUUGUUACAUUUGUCCUGAUAUUUCUAAAGAAUUUGCUAAAUACGAUAGCGAUCCUACUAAAAUCAAAAAAUACGAAGGUAUGAAUAGUAUCACAAAACAGCCUUUCAUCGUAGAUGUCGGAUAUGAAAGAUUUUUAGGUCCAGAAAUAUUUUUCCAUCCUGAGUUUUCCAAUCCUGACUUUACAACACCACUUAGCGAAAUUGUCGAUGAUGUUAUACAAAAUUGUCCAAUAGAUGUCAGAAGGCCAUUAUACAGUAACAUUGUUUUGUCAGGAGGUUCUACCAUGUUUAAAGAUUUUGGAAGAAGAUUGCAACGUGAUAUUAAAAGAAUUGUUGACGCUCGUUUAAAACUUAGCGAAACAUUAAGUGGGAGCCAUAUCACACCAAAACCUAUAGACGUGCAUGUAAUAUCACAUCAUAAACAACGUUGUGCAGUAUGGUACGGAGGUGCACUUUUAGCUAGUGACCCAGAAUUUUAUACAGUAUGUCAUACCAAAAAAGAUUACCAGGAGAAUGGGCCUGGUAUUUGUCGUUAUAAUCCAGUAUUCCAUAGUAUGGUAUAAAAAAAUAAGAAGUUCACAAAAUUAGGUCUUGUGGAACAAUGAUGAACAUCAGUUGUCAUAUUUACAUUUGACGAUGUUAUUUGAGCCAUCUUAUUCCUUUUCUCUCCCCACUAUCUGCUUUCAAAGUUCUUGAUUGAAGAAAAGAAGUGGGUUCUUUAAUGGUGCAAUUAAUAACUAUAAAUGCCCAGUGCAUUUAGGGAACGCACAUAAAUGCAUACACCCUCGUGCCCGAUAUUGAAGCACAUUAAAAUAAGCAAAUAAAACCUGCAUUUAAUAAUAAAAUUCUAGGAAAUGAUUAAAUUUAUGAUACGACUAGAAAUUAACAAUAAGAUUAUAUUACUGAACAAUUGUAUACAACUGUAAAUAAGUGCGUUGGAAAAUAAUAAUUUUUUUCUAAUGAACACAGGCGUACGGAUGAAUUAAAAGUUUUGAUUAACAGAAUGAUAUAUCUUCCAUUAAAUGUUUAUAUUACAUCACUACCUAUUUAUCACUUUAGACAAUUUAUAACAUAUUCAAUAUCUUUCGCAUAAUGGUUCUAUUAUGCAGAAAUUUAAAAAAAAAUUUCGUUAAAUUUUUGAAAGUGCAUAGAUAAGAAUAUACAUUUGACUUAAAUUAUAUUUGAAAUAAAGAAUUGAUCUCUACAGAGUAAAUAAACAAUGUGAAAGAAUUGGAAUAGAUAUCUACUUUCUACAAGUUCAAUCGUAAUAUUUGUUGCCAUUGAAUCGGACAAGAUAUGAAAUUAAAUUGAUACAGAUUUAAAUCAAUUGCACUCUGUUAUAGCUUACAAUCAUAACUGUUACUGACGUAACAAUCAGUCGGUUAAAAAUACUAUAAUAUAUAUUUAUAUGUAUAUAUAAAUAAAAUUAUUUAGUUAUUAUGCUUUAUAAUUUUUUUUUCAAAUUUCAUUAUGCUUUUAUCAAUUGACUGUAAAAUAAGUGUUCAAUACCUUUUCAAUUGCUAACUAAAAUAUUUUAAAUAUUGUAAAUUUUAAAAAAGAGAUAUUUUUUACAACGGCAUGAUGAGUUAUCAUAAUAACAAGAGUAAUGGAAAACUCUGCCGGCAUUUGUACAAAUGUCUCUUGAGCUAUCUUAUGCUCGAUCGUCAUUUUGAUCG